AUGACAUCUGAGUCGCCUGAUUCUAUAACGGCAAAAACAGCAACGAACAAACUUUUGAAUCAAGAAGGAGGCGAAGAAGACAGUGGUAGUGGUGAGGAUAAAGAGGGAACCUUAACAACGGAACAGCAAAAAAGAUGUAAGGUCAACGACAACGCCGUGAGCAAUCCUUCGUCAGCGUUGACUACUAUCGCCAAGGGGAGCCCAGAAGAAAGGACACCUUCGACUCAAUGCUCUGCUUCUGGCCCUCCUCCACUCAGUGUGAACUCUUUUCUCACUUCUCCCCAUCCAAGUCCCCCUAAAGAGAGCGCCACUUUGGGAGGUGUUUCGGAGUCUUCGUCAAUGGCUGCAGCUACAGCGGAAAGAGGAAGCAGCUCGAAUUCCGUGUCUGUAGCCGUCUCUAAAUCUCUUCCUGAAACGCACAAUCUUCCUAAUAUGACUCACGCUCCUUAUUCUGCGGUGCCCCAGGUCUCUGGCUGUCUUCUGCCUUCCUUUGAACCCUCAAACCCACUUUCUUCUUCGGCAUUCCUUUCGCAACCGGACUUAGUCAAAGAAGGACAAGACAAGGCCCGAAACGAGUCGAGACGAUGCGACAUUGUGGCCGUUGCAGCACCCACCGGUGACAUCAAUUUAAUGCUUCUUAGUCACGCGUGUUCGGCGCCGGUCAUCUCGAGACUCCCCCGGACACCAGGUUCGACCUGGAAAUCAGUGCCGCAACCGUCUCAGGAAGUGGUCCAGGCUGCUGCGGAGGCAUUCAGUGCUGUUCGGAACUGGUUUGUAGGUCCGUCUUCCAGAGCAUCAGAAACCGCGAGGUCAAUUAGCGGAACUCCGAGUCCCCUCCUCCCCUCAUCAGUCCAUCCACAGUCUGGAAAUCCUGGGGCCUUUCUGCCCACUUCUCCCACUUCUUGGGGUUUGGGGGGGCUACCUGGUGGCUUUCCUCCCCAUCCUGGCCACCGCAGCAGCGGAUUCGUGCCAACCUCCUCCGGAUCCAGGACAACUCCGUUGAGUGGUGGAGGAAGUUAUCUUCGCGGUGGAAAGAAACGAUCCCAUUCGCAAUCCUCCGUCAACGACCUGGACAUUCCCAGCCUCACUCGGAGCUCGCAGGGCUCUCUCAACAUGCUUCAGGCCAUGCAGACAUCUCGCAGUGGAGUCUCUAGUAUGGGAGGCUCUUACGGUCAUCUCUCUGCCGCAUCACUAGGCGCGAGUCCUGUGCCAAUGUUUGGAAGGCGGGCGAGCAAUAACAGCACAGAUAACAAUUCCGUUUUUGGCAAUUCACCUGGAGGAGUUGGAGGUUUUCGCCCCACAACUCCUUCCUCGGCGGGCAAUUUUCGACGCAAGGCAGCAGGUAGCCUCACACCCCGUAGUAGUAUGCCACACCCCCGAGCAACACCACCCAACACGGGUAGCACCAGCAGUGGCGGGGUCCCCUCAAUGAUGCCUUCAGCCUCCGCCUCAUUCCUCUUCCCUCCUCCACCACCUCCUCCUCCGCCUCCGCCUGGAGCCACGCAACAGCAACCGUCUUCGUCUUCCUCUACGGCUGUCAACACAUUCCCUCCAUCCGCAUUCCAUGGUUGCUCUUCUCACUCCUCGCUCGAUAGAAAAACCUCCAGGUACUUACCCAAUGGGUGUGUGUCCCAAGUUCGCUUUUCUACUUCUACUACUUCUGUUGCUGUUGCUCAGCUACUUCAUCGGCCCUUUGAUGAUGAUGUGGAUGCCCAAUUUCCCCAUUUAAUCCUUCUUUUUUUCCCUAUAGACGAUGCACAUAAAGAGGCUCAGAACAGCUCUGCAGUGGCUGCUAUGGCUUUCGCCGCAGCAGCUGCAGCCGCUGUUGCUGCUAAUUUUGGGACAGGAACCUCAGGGGGGCCGCACCAAAUGGGGUGGGUGGGCAGUCAUCCCAAGACUUCUGAUUCAAACUCCGCUUCAGCAGCUGCCACCAGCUCCUCUUCUAACGGCUCUUCACCUGCGUCUGCACCGGGCGUUGGACCACCUCUCUUCCCCCGGAAGCCCCCCUCCACCCAAUCUGGUCCUCCGACCAACUUUAUGCUCUCGCCGCAAGCUAUGAUGCUCUAUCACAACGCCCUGCAUAAGUCCUCAAACACCGGUGCUUCUUUCUACGGAGGUCGAACACAGCCUCCUCCUCCACCUCCCAAUUAUUCAGAUCCUUUCCAGGCGCCUAAUUACGACUGUUGGUUGAAUCGAGGAGGAAAGGGCUACGGCGUUCGCAAGGACAUGCCUUCCUCUCAAACCGCAAACACUAAUGGAAAUUCUGCCUCCAACAUCGUUACAAUUAAAGGAGAGGACCUCUCAUCGUCUGUUUCUUCCUCCACCGCCAAGUCCAUGAAAGUGGAAGGUGGUGGCGGGGCUUCAGUAUCUGCUUUGCUGGCUGGAGAUGAAGCGGGAUGUUCAGAUUACGAGGAGGAGUUGAUGGACGAAGAUGGUAGAAUUCCUCAAGAAGGAGAUCCUGAUUUUGUCGAGACAACUUGCCGAUGGGGCAAUUGUCAAUGCCAAUUCGAAUCGCAAGACGAACUUGUCAAGGUGAGUGACGUGCCUGUGUUUGCAUCUCUUGUCUCGAAUUCGUACUAA